AUGGUAAUCCCGCCAAGCUCCUCACUACGUACCUAUGCACGCAACCCAUCUCAUCUCAUUCCAUCGGUCAACAUAAUAUACAAUCCAUCAACACAGUGGGGCAGGGGAGCGGGCAGGGGGGCAGUUUCCAAGACCCGCGAACGGAACAUUUCUGGCCCCUCCCAGCGCGAGGAGAUUCAGCCACAAUAUGCAGGGCACUUGAUAUGUAUAUGUGUGACAGCAGGAAGUUAUUUUUACUUCACAACAUCCAGAAGCGGGACAUACAUACAUCCUACGGAAGCCGAAGUCCCGAUGGAGGGAUGGAUGGAUGGAUGGAUGGAUGGAUGGAUGGAUCAAAUGUCUGUCUGUAAAUCUCUCAUGAUAGGUCCAAUUAUACCCCGUAAGGUCUCCAAGCCCUACCAUGCCAUGCCAUGUCAUGCCGCUUGCCUCGAGGAGAAACCGAUUCCUAUUAGUAGAUGA